AUGGAACCUAAAAACAUUACCGCUGCAGCCACCAAUUCUGUUACAACUGAUUUUAUCCUUGAUACCCAUAAGUACGCCAUUAUUGCUAAGGAGUUCUCCUACUACGUCAAUACGUUAAACUACAAUGUCAACAAACGCAUCGUAAUGGCACUCUACUCUCUCAUCUUCCUCCUUGGAUCAUGCCUAAAUCUCCUUCUAGUCUACACAAUCAUGCGUGUCCGCAACCCCAAAUCGACAUCGAAUCGACGGAUGCUGUUAAUGCAUGUGUUCUGUGAUCUUGCAUUAGUGUGGUUCGGAGUGCCCUACACUGCCUACACCGUGGUCUAUAAAAGUUGGCAGCUGGGCUCCGUCAUGUGUCACGUGGCUUCAUUUCUAAUUUACUUCAUUGUGGGUCUCACAAACUUCCUCCUUGUGUCAAUCUGUCUCAAUCGGAGCAUUGCCAUUGCAAGAGCUGGACGAUGGGCAGGUGAAAGUGACUACGAUGUCAACUGUCGUGUGACUGCUCUCCUUACCGCUGCUAUUGUUCUUGCUGUCGUGAUUGCUCUCCCCUCGGCGAUUGUCUCGAGAGUUACAAAUAAUAUUUUCAAAGAUCCUCUAUUUACUGCACUUGCACCACCAAUUUGCAUGUAA